AUGCGUUUCUACUGUGCGACGGUCUUCCUGCUGAUUUUAGCACUGAGUUUACCCGUUGAAGCUGGCAAAUGUCCCCGAGUGUGCAGCUGUGACAGCUCCAAGCUCACGGUCGCCUGCGUUGGCAAGAAGUUAACGGAGGUUCCCCCGACUGUAGAUGAGAUUACAGUGAAACUGGACCUGAGGAAUAACAACCUGCAGGUGCUGUCCACGGGGGUGUUCAUCCUCACGCCUUACCUCACUCACCUCAACCUGCAGCGCUGCAACAUUAUGAAGGUGAAGGAGGGUGCUUUCCGGAGCCUGGGCCGCGUGGUCUCCCUGAACCUGGCCUACAACAAGAUUGACAUCCUUUACCAGGAGUCCUUUGACGGCCUCUCGUCCUUGAAGGAGCUGUAUCUGGACCAUAACCGUAUAGAGGAGAUCCAGCCUGGAGCCUUCACACAGCUUGGUUUCCUCAACAUGCUGGCUCUCACCCACAAUCAGCUGGUUUAUAUCCCCAACAUGGCCUUCCAGGGCCUAAACAACAUCAAGUGGCUUCGUCUUAGCCAUAACUCCCUGAACAACUUGGCCCCUGAGGCGUUUACUGGACUGUUCACCCUCACCCGCGUAAGCCUGGACCACAAUGAGUUGCAGUUCUUCCCCACUCAGACCAUGAGCAGACUUCGAGAGGUCACGCGCCUGGACAUGAGCCACAACCCGAUGACCUACCUUGGGGAAGAAUCUGUCUCCAUGGCGAAGCUUACACACCUCUACCUUGACCACAUGUCUCUUCAGGACCUGUCAGAUCAGGCUUUGGUCGGCGCCCCCCUCCUCCUCCACUUGGACCUCAGCCACAAUCAGCUUUGUUACCUGGAGCCCCUUUCAGGCCCCAAGGAACUGGGCAGUCUCAACCUGACAGGCAAUCCCGUCUACUGUAACUGCUACAUGCGGCCCCUGAGAGAGUGGGCAAAUGUCGGAGGUGUGAAGCUGCUGGGAGCCUGUGCUGGACCUCCUCAUCUCUCAGAGGAGCCGCUACAGGCUGUGGCUCCUCUAAAUCUGCGCUGCCGCAGCAGGGGGAAGGGGCCGAAGGAUGAGUUUGAGAAGGAUGAUGAGAGCACAGGAAGCACCCCACCCACAGUCAAGCCCAAGCAGAAAGUCAAGUGUCCAGUUAACUGUGACUGUGAUAUUGAAGCUCAGCAUGCCACCUGUGAGAGUCGGGGUCACACAAAAGUCCCACGAGGCUUCUCCACCAUGACGCAGCUGCUUGACCUCCGCAGUAACCACUUCCACUACCUUCCGGCCAACAGCUUCCCAGGCACAAGCCAGCUUGUUUCUCUUCACCUGGAGUUCUGCAAAAUCCACGAAAUCGAAGGAGGUGCCUUUCGAGGAAUGAAAAACCUGUUAUAUUUGUAUCUUUCUGACAAUGACCUCACAUCCUUGGACCCCGGUGCCUUUUCUGGAGCCCCUGAGCUCACCUACCUUCACCUGGAGGGCAACCGGCUGGGACAGUUCCCAGAAUCAGCUCUGGCACUCUUACCGGGUCUGUUUGUGUUACACCUGGAGCGAAAUGCCAUCUCCAAACUGGAGCCUACUGGGUUGCUGUCCUCAGUAACCCCUAAACUUAGGGAACUUUACUUGACCAAUAACACCAUAACUUCUAUUGCCAAGGGUGUUCUUGACUCAGCUUUCCUGGGUACACUUCACCUGGAUUCAAAUCAGCUGACAGAGAUGCCUACCAGCGCUUUGUCCGAGACCCCUAACCUGGAGGAGCUCAGUCUGUCUCAGAAUUCAAUUCGCUGGGUGGGACCCAAUGCAUUCCAGCCCAUAUCCCAAAGUCUGAAGAGACUUUACAUGGAUCAGAUGGGCAUAGAGAAGAUGUCCAGGGACGCUCUGGCAGGGCUGGGCCCAAGGCUGAGGACUCUGACUGUGAGAGGAAACCAGCUGGAGGAGCUUCCUGACCUGAGCCCACUCACCAGCCUGGAGGUGGUCGAUCUGCAGGACAACCCCCUGCUCUGUGACUGCCCUCUGCUGCCGCUACGCAAGUGGAUGGAGAAUGUAAGUGUGGAGGUAAUCGCCACCUGUGGUCACCCUCCUGAGAUCAAAGGUCAGAAGGUCAGGGACGUCCAUGUCUUUACCUCCUGCCCAGAAAGUGGCUCUCCUCCAGAUGAGAAGGCUGUUGUGGCUACCAGACCUCCAACAGUGAAGAAACCCAAGCCCAGCUUCUUGAAGGCCCCUGUGGACAAAGCUAGGCCUGCAAAGCCCAAAACUAAACUACCCAAACCAACCAAGAAUGGGACAAAAGCCCAUAAAGUGACAAAGAAAAAGAAGGCACUGUCUAACUGAAUAGAACAACAGUCAGUCCAGACAUCAUAUUAAUGGGUGUGCUGUUGCAGUCUGACAGCUGAGUGUGAAGUGGUAAUAAAGUGCUUAAGACUCUCUGUGUGGAAUUUACAUGCACUCUUUGCUAUCUGAGCAUAACAGCAAAAUAAAAAGAGGAAAGAACAUAAAA